CGGUGAUGCUUUUUUUUUAGGAUUCUUUGAUAAAUAGUCUUUAAUGUUAAUUUUGUUCAAUUUAAUGCAUCGAAAUAUUUAAACAGAAGUACAUUUUGCUGCAUGCUCUGCCAACCGUGCCAUAAAAAAAUAAAUAAAUGCUAAUAGCACAUGCUUCUGUAUUUGUCAGACUCACCCUUUUACUAAAGUCCCUGUUUCCUAGGCUUCUUUCUGAAGUUUUCUUCCCUGUUGUGCAGGAAGUUGCAAGCAGAGUACGACCGUCUGAAGAAGACACAUGACCACAAGGGUCUGUCGCCGUUGCCCUCACCCCCACAGAUGCUGCCCGUCUCACCCCAGAGUCCACGCGAUGCUGAACUGAUCGCUGAGGCUAAACUACUGCGACAGCACAAGGGACGUUUGGAAGCAAGAAUGCAGAUCCUGGAGGAUCACAACAAACAGCUGGAAUCACAGCUCAAACGCCUCCGACAGUUACUUGAGCAGCCACAGACUGAUUCCAAGGUGAAUGGCACUGCCCUGUCCUCCCCCUCCACUGCCUCUCCGAGAUCUGACACCAGCCUGGCCUCACUGCGUGUGGCCGCAAGCCAAACCACAGAGACCAUGGGUGAUGAUGAGCUGUCCAGUCCCUCCCAGGAUGCAAGCACUGGAUUAGAGGACGUCAUCGAGCAGCUCAACAGUUCCUUCCCUCACAGCCAAGGAGGUGGAUGGCUAAACCCCUGAGAGGUCCUAAUGUGGGAAGUCUUUUCCACAUGGUUGAUAACAUUGGACAUGCCAUGGAGUCGUUGGUUAAUGUAAUAACUGAGGAGCGGGAUUUAGACUGAAGAGGUCUUCUCCUAGUUGCAUGCUUUUUGUAGUGUCAACAACUGGACAGGAUAUGUUUACAAUGGGAAUAUAAAUAAAAAUCUAUUUUUCUGAAGGAUCGCGGUUCCACAUUGUAGAUUUGAUCUUUAGUAGUUUCAGUAGUUUCUUACAGCGAGUCUAGAAUUGUCUAUUGAUCAGAAAAAAAAAAGGUUUUUAAACUUCUAUGCAAUUGUACAAAAAUAGAACGACAGGUGUGUGAUAACGUAACAUUGCGUGCCAUGUGUUUGUACAGCGUGGAGCGCAUUUUAAAAAAAGUGUUUUAUCUAAAUGGCUGACUGAGUAUAUGCAGGGGUGCUUUAUCAACUCAUUUUGUUUGUAACAAAAUAACAAAUGCAUAUUAAAAGCAAGCCCGUUAUACUUGUGCGUGUGCGAAAGAGUGUGUUUGAAACAUGUCUGUUUUUCUGUAUGUAACCCAUCGCGUUCAACUACUGCAGACAUCAUGCAAAGAAAAGACAUUUGUCAUGAUUUUUAUUAUUAUUAUUAAAGACAUACUAAUUAAGGUUAAAUGCUGUCUACCUCACAGAUAUUCACUUUUUUCAUAAUCUGUCCGUGUUUAUUAACGGAGCAAUAAGAAUCAUGAUCAUAGUAUUUAUAUAUUAUUGACAACUCUCAUGUUAGAGAUAACUUUUUUUUUUAGGAAGCUUGUUUCCACCACAUAAUAAUUAUUAGACCUUUAUGCUUUGUCAUAAUGUAUAUGUAUGCACAACCGUUAUAUAACUACAAAACCGUUUUGCACCUUGGAGAUGAGCAUGUCCUGAGUACUGCAUAUUUAUUUCUGAGAUGUGCGAUUUGAUUCUAACUCUUGUUCUGGAAUCAUAUAUAUUAUUUGUAAUCGCAAAAACUAUUUUACCAGACGAUGAAAUGUAAUUGUGGUUUUCUUAACUUGCCGCUGCAUUAGUUGAUAAAAAUGGAAAUG